AUGUCCAACGCCAGCAACAAACCUCAGCCUCCCGAGAAACGAGGAACCUGUUACAGAUGGGCGAAGGAGAAGUGCAAGCAUCAGCAUGCACCCUCACUAUGCAAAGACGCACACCAUCUCUUUCCCGUCAUUUCUGAACGAGUCAGUCCGAUUGUCGAUAAGUUGAUGAUGAUCCAGGAAUGCCCAAGCGUGAAAGAUCAGGAUAUCAACUGCCAGUGGGCCUCUGAUACCUGUUGUUGGUCUCACGUGGCGAUCACCAAAGAGGAAGACCAGAAGCAACGAAAGAUGCUGGAGUUGGUCAAGAAGCGUCCGUGGGAAGCGGUGCUGAGGUACAAGUGUACGGUCGAUGGUUGUAAGGAGCAGGACCAAGAGUAUGCCAGUAUUGAGGAUGUGUUGCAGCACACUCGGGUGAAGCAUGGACAGCCUUUGGAUGAUAGUGGUAGCUGGAAGAACGAGAGGCAGCCGAUUCAGGAGGAGGAAGAUUGA